AUGGCUACUGAGCCGAGAAUCAGUAUCCAGUCCGCUUCACAGAGGAAGAAGAGUGUAGCUGAAGAGCCCGUGACCUCUGUCCUCCCAGGAGGGGAUGUUCCCUUCGACCCCUCCCACGAGUUCAACCCUGACGAAGAAGUCUUGGCCGCCUUGGGCUACAAGUCUGAAUUCAAGCGCGAGUUUUCCUUGUUCACGACGUUUUGCGUGUCCUUCGCCGUUUUGGGCCUGCUGCCUAGUUUCGCCUCGACUCUUUUCUAUGGAAUGGGAUAUGCAGGGACAGCGGGUAUGACUUGGGGAUGGAUUAUAGCCAUGAUCGGCAUCCAAUGUGUUGCUAUGAGCAUGGCAGAAUUGUGCAGCUCCAUGCCGACGAGCGGUGGACUUUACUAUGCUUCUGCGGUUCUAGCACCACCUGGAUGGGGCCCUUUUGCGGCGUGGAUUACCGGCUGGAGCAAUUGGCUAGCUCAGGUGACAGCUGCACCGUCUGUGGACUAUGGAGUGGCUGCAAUGAUCCUUGCAGCUGGCUCUAUCCAGAACCCUGACUACGUGCCCACCAAUUAUCAAACCUUUCUCCUAACAGUCUUUAUCAUGUUGAUCCACGGCGUCAUGUCCUCUUUCCCUACGAAAUGGCUUGCGCAAGUCAACUCAGGCGGCUCGACCUUCAACUUCAUCGCCCUGAUCAUCGUCAUCAUUCUGAUCCCUGCCGGUACCGACCGGGUAUCGCGUGGCCUCCCCAAGUUCACUCCCUCGAGCGAGGUCUGGGGAACAAUUUAUGAGGGCACCAGUUUUCCCGCCGGAGUAUCCGUCUUGAUGAGUUUCAUCGGCGUGAUCUGGACAAUGAGCGGCUACGAUAGUCCAUUUCAUCUGGCAGAAGAGUGUUCUAAUGCUAAUGUGGCGUCCCCCAGAGCAAUUGUCCUGACCUCUGGUACCGGUGGUCUUUUCGGAUGGUUUCUCCAACUUGUUGUCGCGUAUACAGUGGUUGAUAUUGAGAGCGUGUUGGAUUCAGAUCUCGGGCAACCUUUUGCAGCCUAUCUUAUGCAGUGCAUGCCACAGAAGAUCACCUUGGCAAUUCUUGCUCUUACCAUCAUCGCUGGAUUCGCCAUGGGCCAAGGUUGCAUGAUUGCCGCAUCCAGAGUGACCUUCGCGUAUGCUCGAGAUGACUGCUUCCCGCUAUCUAAGUACUGGAAGCAGGUCAACAAAACAACACAGACACCUGUUAAUGCGGUUUGGUUCAACUGCGUCAUUGGCAUUCUGUUGCUGUUCCUCAUAUUUGGUGGGGCCCUCGCGGUGGGAGCUUUGUUUUCCAUUGGAGCCAUUGCAGCUUUCGUUGCAUUCACCACACCGAUUUUCAUCCGAGUGUUCUUCGUGGGCAAUCGCUUCCGAGCCGGUCCGUGGAACUUAGGGAAGUUCUCAAUACCAAUUGGUGUAGUUGCGUCAGCGUUCGUUGCUCUAAUGGUCCCCAUCCUUUGCCUCCCUAGCAGCACCGGCGCUGAUUUGACACCCGAUGUUAUGAAUUGGACCUGCCUGGUAUAUGGAGGACCAAUGCUAGGUGUGACCAUUUGGUGGUUCGUCUCUGCGCGCAAAUGGUUCAAGGGGCCAAAGGUAAAUAUCGACCAUAUGAUGCUUGGACGCGAGGGCAACAUGGUCGAGGGCGAAGAAGUCAAAGGCAACGAUAGUGGAUCAGAAAUUGUGCCAGAUCCCAAAGCCGUCGAAGAGAUGGAAACGACGAAGCCAAGGGAGCUGCAGUGA